AUGGCGACAGGCUUCGACGCGCUGAUCGACUUUUUGCUGUCGGAGAUCGCCCUGUGCGGCACUCAAGAUGAGUUCUCCGCUGUUGCUGUAUCGGAUAGCUACAGUGCGCCCAAUUUGCCAUCGCUCAAGUAUUUCAUAGCCGCUGAAAGAGCCGAUGGCGAUGAGACGAGCCUUGAGAGCGACGAUAUCCUAGCUUUUACCUCACCUGUUCCUCAGAAAGUCUCACCGGCGCAACCUCUUCUGGCACUGCGCGCAGCCUUGCAACAGCGCUUGUCGGCGGAAGGGCAGGAUGCGAAGAGACAAAACAGCUCGUCUCCACCUUUUAUCCACUCUACACUGCCACAAAGGGAGGGCGAGAUGGACAAGCAGGCUGCCCUAGUGUCUCAUGUUGCAGUGCGAAGUCAGCCUCGUAAUACGGCGAAAAGUUGCUACUUUGAUGCUGCGGUAUUUGAUGAGCCUACAUCGUCUACUUCAGCUCCUCGUCUCUUCGCCAGUCAGAACCGCAUCUGGCAGGCAUUGACAGGGCAUAGUAUGGACCUAAAAAAAGUGCCGACCAUGGAGUUCGCACUCUUGUCUCUCAUUGCUGCUCAUGGGCCAGAUGGUAUCACACAGCCUGAUCUCGUGCACUUCAGUGGCCAAGACAAGCGAUCAGUGCCGCACAGAACAGACGAACUGGCUCGAAAAGGGUAUAUCGUCAAGAACCCUGUACAAGCUGGCAAAGCUCGUACCAGUCUUUGCGUACACACCAAAUUCGUCUCGCAGAACCACUUCACGACCUCUGGGGCUGUAGAGGAUGCCUUUCGACCAGGCACUUUUGUUGCUUCAAGCUUCGUGCCACUGCUUUACAACUCGUUCAAAGAUGCUGGCGUUGUGCUUACACGUGAUCUCCGAAAGCGAAUGGUAAAAAUUGUGAACCUGCUCUUCAAGGGUGUACCGCUUGCGACUUGGAACAAACGAGCUGUGCAUGGCGCUCUCAUUCGCCUCGAUCAGAGUGGCAUGAUCAGGCGUUUUCAAAUCCGCAAGCAGAAAAGCAGAGAUCUCUGGGUCACCUGCAUACAGAUUCAGAGAGAGCCGCGUCCAGAGGAUCUCGAGAAUCUUGGUUUCCGACGUCAAGCGCCUAUUGCCGAUACCACUGGUGAGCAACUACAGGAAGACGACGAUGGUGAGACCUUCAUGAGGGAUCUCGAGGUUGACAUGCUUGAAGACGAUGAGGAUAACGACGGCAACAAUCAAUUGGAUGGAGUCACUCGAAUACCGCCACAGUGGACGCCUGAUCGCCUGCUCAGCAAUACCUUCUUCGAGUUCACUGCUCUCGGUCAGACAUCAGGCUGGGAUGCGCUCGUGUUGCGUGAUCGGGUGGUUGGCCCUUACUGGCGACGCCCCAUGGAGUCACAUCUGACACGUUUGACUGACGACUGGGAACUUCGCGCCGGCGAAGCAGCAUGGGGUGGUGUAUGUAAGCCAUCUCACAAGUCCGAUGGGAAGUCGGGCCAGAAAAAGAGCGUGAACGAGGUCACUAAGUUGGAUUCCUGGGGCUUUCAUGGCGCCAAUCAAAAAGACUUUGUACGAUUCAACGGCACAGCAACCUUGUCGGAUGUUCGUUCUGCUAUCGCCGCGCCCCGCAAAUAUGGGACUCGCUGGGACAUUCCACUGGCUAAAGACAUAGGCUACGACAGAGCCAACGUGGCCACACCGAAGAUCGUGGCCAAGACACGACCUAAGAAUGUAUCUACUGGAACAGAAAGCUUGGAACGUCCUCUAACGGGCGACAAGAAUCAUGACGCUGAAGGCACAGAAGAGGCCGAUGAUAGUGAUGAGCAGCCACCUACGCUUUCUGUUUUUCGCAGACCAAAGAACGGCAAGACCAAGAGGAAGGGCUCAGGUCUGGUCCUCACCCCAGAAGAGAGAGUGUCACUUGGGUUGAAACCUUCUGGUCGUCUUAGCAAAAGCGCUGCAAAUCAGAUUCUUGCUCAUCGCCGAGAAACUGGCGACCCUAACUCACUCCCGGAUAAGCUCGUUGACGAGCCUGUGAUACGUGCAAAAGCACCACUAAUGACGAGAGAGGAACGCAUUGCUGAGAAUCUACCGCUGAAAGGUCGGCUAGGCCUAGACAAGGAAAAUGAGAUUCGUGAGAAACGAGGUUUGCCAAAAUUGGUAGAGAAGGUCAGGAAGAAGCGAGGGACGAAAGAGCCGACUGUUCUGACGAAGCAACAACGGAUAAUGCUCGGGUUCAAGGACCACGGCAGACUACAUCAGUGGUUCAUUGACGAUCUGCGUCGCGAGCAAGAAAACGAUGUUCCCUUGGAAGAAUCACCCGCAGUGAAGAGAUACCGAGAGUUUCUGAGGGGCGACGAUGUGAAGGCAGGAACUGAUUUAGUUCCAGCCAACCAUCCUGGUCAGACGACGCCACCGAAAGGGCAGACCCCAGUUGCAACCAAAGAGGCUCAACAUGAUAUGUCUGAGGUUGUGGGACAAACGCCACAAGUUGUAACGACUCCAGGUAAACGCAAGGCAACGGGUGUUGAGCACAACUUCAGCAAAAAAGAAAGAGGGUUCACACCAAAUCAAAUGUGUCGCGGGACAACGCAGGCACCACAGUCACGAGUCAACAGGCUGAUGCCCAACACCUCAACAACCCACAGCUUCCGAAUGAGUCUUUGA